ACCAUGAAAGAUCGCCAUUUUUAAGCGCCGAGAAGCAGCAGCUGUACAAACGCGAAGUCAUCCAUUAUUAUUAUUAUUAUUAUUGUUGUUACUGCUGCUUCUUCCGUGUUUUUGCUUUGAUAUUCGCGCCAAGGUUUAUGUAAACGUAGCGCCGUAACUGACGUAUACAGCGACGUAAUGACGUGGCUCCGCUUAGUGGCGCUUAGCACGGGCGAGCUAUGGAAAAACAAACUGGUUCUCAGCUGGCUUGCAAGUUGAAAUACACAUUUUGCCCAUCAUGUACAAAAAACCGGGACAUUCAGUGUCCCGGAUUUUUAUUUUUUUUUUCCGGGACAGACCAUGAAAAUCCGGGACAAUCAGGAAAAACCGGGACAGGUGGCAACACUAAGUGCAGUAGUGUGUUAUUUACGAGCACGGGAUUUGACCUGAGGAAGAAAAUAAAAUGGGAAAUGUGAGUUGGUUCAGUUAUACAUUAAUGGCGCGAAGGACUUGGCAAGCAUUAGCGGUUUCCUGUCGGUCAGGGUAGCAGUGACUAGCGGCUUACCGCGGGGAGUCUGAGCAGUUUACCGUCCCUGGCCUGAUGGAGCGCCACAUAGAGCUGAGCUUCAUCGGAAAUGAGAGCCUGAAUUGAGUUAUUUUAAUAGACCUGUGCUCAGUUGGUAUAAUUACACCCUGCGUGUAAAGCAAUGAGCUAUUAACAAACGCGUGUUAUAAAUAGACCAGUUCACACACAUCGCCGCGCAUGCGCGGGGGUCAAAGGUCGAGGCCUUAUCGGAGAUGAAAACAUGGCGGCAAACAAGCCAAACCUUAGCAAAUACGCCUUAUGGAAGAAGGCAGAAUUGCAGAGGCAUAUGAGAGAACGGGGAUUGCCAACUACCAUGGGAGUAGAAGAGUUAAGGGCGCUUGCAUAUGCCACAGAUAUUUUGAAAAUCCAGCCUGUACCGUCCAAGGAAGACGAAGAAAACUCGAGGUACAUCUGACCCUCAGCCUGCUGCCUCAACAGCUGACCUUGCUAUAUCAGCUUUGCCCAAACCUGACUCUCCACCGAAAGGCAGGAACAAACCAGCAGCCAAAAAGACCAGGCGAAGAAAGACCCAAAAGGACAGUGGGGACAUAACAGAAAAUGAUGACAAUAGCGUAGGAUGUGAUCAGUGCUAUAAGUGGUAUCAUUGGGGGGGUGUGGGCUUUGAUGUUUGCUGUCUUGAUAAUGACUGGUUAUGUUCAAAUUGCUCAGAUUGUUAAACUGUAAUGUUACUGGUGAACAACUCGCAUGCAGGUCUUUUGUUAAUACUUAUCAAUAGUUCAUCAGAACUUGUGUUUUUAUACCAUUUAGUAUUACUUUAUCAUGUAUUAAGCUGUACUAGUAGUGUUAGUGUUUUAUGUAUUUAACCGUGUAUUAUAUGUGGUAAAAAUAUUACUUGCAAAAUUUUUAAUUCAUUAAAACGGAAAUAUAAUUGAUCAACAUCUACUCCUGUUAACCAAAAGGUAGUGGGAAUAUGUGAAAUGCAUUAUUCUUUGCUUAGUAUAUUUAAUAGUAGACAAGGAUGUUUCAUUUUUGUGUCCAUUUACUUUUCAUUUUGUGAAAUCUGUGAAAUUUAAAAAUUAAAAUUUAAUGUAAAUUACAAGGCUUCCAUCAUUUUGGGACUAGUAGUAGUAGUCAUUGCUGGUGUAAGAACUACAGUCACAGAAACUUGUCAGAUUUUUAUUACAACCAACAUUUUACAUUUUAAGGCACAUAAAAAUCAAGAUUGUUGUAUACAGACAAUGAUUAUCGGCGAGAGUGAAAAUCAAGGCGGGUCCAUGAACAUGAAUCUGACAAGGUCGGGAUAUAAACGAACUUUUGCGUUAAACUGUGUGCUUGGAUUCCCAUAAUUUUUUCUGUAUACACUCACUUAAAUGUACACUACAGUCUUCUCGCAUCCACUGUUCAAGCAGUCGACGUCCAUUGUGGCAAUCGACAACACAAGUGUCCCCACAGCGAGCCUGUAGCCUCCGCCAUUGUUGACGUGCUCUACUUCCGCUUGUUUAUGAGGCCUUAACCUUUGACCUUUCCCACAACUCCUUGCGCGUUGCCGUGUUUGUGAACUCGUCUAUUGCCACAGUUUAUGCAUAGAAGACAAAAACUACACGAUACCAGAAGACUGUAUUGAGAAAUUAUAUAUCUACUGUAUCAAUAAAAUAUUUUAUUUAAGGGUCAUUGUCUUAGUAUAUGGAUAAAAUCAAUGUGUGUAUUUAUUUUCUUCCAUGAUUCCCCUGCCAUUCUAAUGUUUUUUUCCUUUCUUUCUCACUCAGGUAAUCUCUCUCUCUCAGCUAAUUUCUAUUAAUCCUGCUGUAAGGUAUGGAUAAUCACAUACAUUCAUUAAAAUCUAAUCUUAGACGCAAGGCAGUGAAAUCAGUGUUUAAUUUACUGCAAGAUGUUGAGAAUGCUGACCAGAUUGAUGACGCUGUACAUGACGUAGACAGCUCCGCAGCAGGUCUGUGUGCUCCGGACAACACAGGGUCCACAGACCUGCCGAGCGGUUUGCGGCCUAUACCAACUUGUAGUCCAGCGUCCAGCCAAUUGGUCAGCCAGUUUGGCCGGCUGACUAACGACUAUCAAAACACCAUGCAAGUUGCAGUACAAACGAGGUCACCUGACGCCCAACCUACAGACAUCACAGGGCCCACAGACCUGCCGAGCGGUUUACAGCCUGUACCCACUUACAGCCCAGUGUCCAGCCAACCAGUCAGUUGUCAGUCAUCCGGCCAAGCUGGCUUUCAAAACACCAUGCAAGUUGCAGUACAGUCACCUGAUGCCCAACCUUCAGCAUUUGAAAGGGAGAUUCUUUUACAAGUGAACACCAUCCGGGAGACCCAGCUGCUAAUCCUCAUGCAGCUACAACAGCUCAGUAACACUGGCGUCAGUGGGGCAGCUCCUGACCCAAGAGAGUUUAGGCUCCCUCUCAAGACACCAGAAGACCUUAAACACCUUGAGCAAAUCUUACAGACGGAGGAGAAGAAGAAGAACUUGACUGUUCUCCUGGGAACGGUGGGGGGCAUGUCACUUAAAGAUACAAUCUGGCGUAUCCUGAAAAGAACAAUUGACACCUCCCUGGCAAAACGUACAAACUGGAGUGGGGCGAAUCAAAAAGUAGCCUUUAAAGGCCUGCUUUUAAAAAAUGGGAUCGUGGAUGCAGUCCGUUCAAAUACUCUCACCCAAGCCGCAACAGAUAAGGAAAUGGAGAUCCUUAUCAUUAGAUGGCUUCAACUUGCCGCGGACAGAGAUGGUGGCAGAAGCCAGAGAGCAAGAUCACGCGCGCGCGCACACAUCGUAAAUUCAUUAAAAUGUAAAUCCAAAUCCAUUUUCUGUCUUCUCAUUGUUUCUAUCUUAAUAGUAUUGUGUUGAACAUGAAUUGAUAAAUGUCUAAGUUAGGGAUGGUGAAAACUAAAAAAAAUCUUGACUGACCACCGAGCCUCAUUAGCCGGUUAAAGUCGGUUAACCUAUGAGUUUAAACAGGGAUGCAAACGGCGGAUGCGUCUUUUUCACGGCUGAAUCGCGC